AUGCUUAAUACUGCCGCCAUUAAAAAGCAUUCUCAGGAUUGUUUGGGAUCUAUUCUUUGUUUGUCCGGUUCCAUUAGUAAAAUCCUAUUUCUUACAGGUUUUUACAAACAAUUACCCGAACCCUUAUCGACAGAAGACUGCCGCCGCCUUCAGUAUCGUCGGAAAAGUGAUUCAAUCAAGCAGCGUGUCAAGCAGAAUUUCCUAAGUAUUUGUGAUGCUCAAGUUUCCGAUUCCGUACGAGAAUGGCUGAGGAUGCCGACCUUCGAUAGCAGACAGUGGGAGGAUGAGGAAUUGCUUUUAUUGUUGCAACAAAUGUAUCUCGAUUUGGAUUUCUGCUCCAAGUUCGCCAUCAACAUAAACACGCUGCGCACUUUUUUAUACGAGGUGUAUAAAAACUACAACGAGGUGCCGUUUCAUAACUUCAGGCAUUGCUUUUGCGUUGCACAAAUGCUCUAUGCGAUCACAUGGUCCGUUGACUUACCGUCGAAAAUUGGAGAUUUGGAAAUACUAAUUUUGCUUACAUCUUGCGUCUGCCAUGACCUCGAUCAUCCGGGCUAUAACAACAUUUACCAAAUCAACGCCAAAACCGAACUGGCCCUUCGGUACAAUGAUAUAUCACCCUUAGAAAAUCACCACUGUAGUGUAGCAUUCCGAAUAUUAGAGAAUGAAGACUGUAACAUAUUUAACUCGUUUACAAGCGAAGCUUUCAAGCAAGUGAGAGAGGGGAUGAUUCGAAGUAUUUUGGCAACGGAUAUGGCGAGGCAUAACGAAAUUUUGUCACAAUUCAAAGAGUUGACCCCAGAAUUCGAUUUUACUAAUAAAACCCACACUAACUUAUUAAGCAUGGUAUUAAUAAAAGUGUCAGACAUAUCAAACGAAGCUCGACCAAUGGAUGUAGCUGAACCGUGGCUAGAUCGACUUUUACAAGAAUUUUUUAAGCAAAGUGAUGCCGAAAAAUUAGAGGGGUUGCCUGUUACGCCCUUUAUGGACAGAGAUAAAAUCACAAAACCUUCCUCCCAGUGUUCAUUUAUAAGCUUUGUGUUGCUACCACUAUUCGAGGCACUUGGGGAUUUGUUUGUCGAAUUACAGGAUCUAAUAGUUCAACCAGUCAGAGACGCGCUCGACUACUACCGUAGAUUAAACGAGGCAACAAAGGAAGAGCGUCUCCAUCGUAAGAGUAUCGUCUCUGAGUUAUCUGAGCAAGGCCAAUUGUCUUCGUCUAGCCCCGACAGCGCUACAGCAGUUUACGUACCUAAAUCGAACUCGAGCACCAGCGUCCGAUUACGAAAAAGUCUAAGUUUCCAACAAAGCCGAUCCAGAUCGCGGUCCACAGAGGAGGAGAUGGAGAACGACGACGGCACAGUGAUUCACGACGUCGAUGAUCAAAACCUGGAAGACCUAAUGGAGGAUCCGGAAAGUGGCGAUUCGGAGACGGCAACUGAGGUGGAAGUCUCAGAGAAGGCGCUUAAGUUUAAAAUAGCGACCGAAGGUAACGUCUCGACGGGAAGGAAGAGCUAUCCCGGAUCCCGAAAAGGUAGCAGAGAACGUGUUCAUAAUUUCAACUCGUCCGAAUUUAAUAGGGUCAUUCAAAAGGGUAAACUAAAAACGGGUGCACUUAGUUUUGAUCAACGGUGCUUAGUUGGUAAAAAAUUGUCGUUUGAUAAACCAGAGUUCUUAGACGAGUAUGCUAUUACUUUUAAUAAACGAAGUGAACACAUUUCAGAUCCCACUAUCGAACUGGAUAGCGAAACUUACAAAUUUAGCACGGACGAAUGCGUACUAUCAAAGGAAACUUUAAACCUCAACAAGAGAAAUUCGGAACAUUCCGUUAAAGUCGCAGCAAGCGAAGAAAAGAAAAGUAUACUCAAGUGUCCCGAAAAGACAAACAUACAAAACGUGUCCAGUGGCGAUUGUAAAUAUAUAAAAAGUGAAUCUCCAAAGAAAGACGAACAAAUCAAACUUCAAUCUGGUGACAUUCCGUUGAAAGACAGGCGAAGUUCUCUUUUUAAAAAUUUAGUGAGACACACUAGUUUAUCCAAAAGUAUUGAGAAUACAGACUCCAUUUCCGCCGAAAAAUCAGAUGUAAAUACGGUCUCUGUGUUUAGUGAUAUAGAUACAACGAAUGUAGAAAAUAAAAACGCUAAAUCAAUUUUAGCUCGAUUGAAACAGCUAACCGACCGGUUUGGUUUGUCCGUCGAGAAAGAUCGGAACAGGUCGACGAUAGCCAAAAACAACAACAGCACGAAGAGUCUAUCCAGAGGCAAGAAAAAGCUGGAGUCCCCCUGCUGUAACAGUAUGGAGAACGUGGAUGAUCGUCGAGCUAGUACGCUUCCCAAAGUCAAAAAGUCAGGAUUCGCGAAAAAAAGUUGGAAGUUAUUCGCGAUCGGCAAGGAGAAGUCGGACCUGGACGUAUGGGCUUCCGAAGCCGACAUGAAACUGUCAACCCUCAAUGUGGAACCAGACAAUCAAUCGUUGCCAUCUACCUCACACACCCAAGCGAAUUGUACUAACAGUCCAAAGCAGGAGAACCGAGAAAAUCGUUCCUCUGGCGACGUCGCCGAAAUUGACACCGAAAAAAACGUGACGUCUAAGUUACAGGAGUUACGUGUCGAUCAAGUUUUAUUAGCAUGCGAGCAAAAUAGUUCAACCUUAAUUUGACAGGAGAUUAAUCCUCCCGAAAGGGAGGGAUUAA